AUGUCGCACUCCAACAUCUAUAAAGACCUUCCUCCCCUUCCGCGCCGUCUUGAAAAGGAGAAUGUAUCGAGCAGGUCGCCUUCAGCAGACAAUGCCACUCGCCGACCGGCGCUGACGCUGCCCAUACGUCCUGUUACCAGUGCGCAAAUAUCAGCUUCGAGUGUUGACACCGUCGACUCCAGCGGCGUUCCGAGCUCCAGUCGGCGUCCGCCGCCACUCUUCAGCCAUGUAUCACUACCAGAGUCGUCGCGGGUGGUUCAACAACAAGAGUCGACGCCUUUUGUUUCUUCGCUCAACAUGCAAAACAAACCGCCUACACCGUUUUUGGAAAGCAAAUCAUUGAAACGGAAGAACGUCAUGAAGCUGACUCUGGCCACUCCACAGGUGUCUCUGGGCUCUCAUCCAAGCAGUUCCGGCCUUGGGAACGCCAAUUCGUCAGCCUCGUCCCUUGAGCAGUCUGGAUUUAAGGACCCAGACAAAAAGGCAUCCACCGACGAAUUGAUUGCCAACAUCCAAACACUCGAGCUUGGCUUGGAAUACCAGUUGUCCAUCAAGGCAGAGGAGCUUGUUAUGCUCAAGAAACUGGGCUCUGGCAACUCCGGAACGGUCUCUAAAGUGCUACACUUACCGACACAGAAAACCAUGGCGCGGAAAACCAUACAUAUCGAUGCCAAAGAGGUGAUACAGUCGCAGAUCAUCCGUGAGCUCCGUAUCAUGCACGAGUGUGACUCGCCGUUCAUCAUUGGCUUCUACGGAGCCUUCCUACACGAGGGAGACGUGGUCAUCUGUAUGGAGUAUGUUGACUGCGGUUCAUUGGACAAAAUUUUCAAACUCACCGGACCAUUCCCUGACUUUAUUCUCAAACACAUCGCCUACUCUGUCCUGAGUGGCCUGGUGUACCUUUAUGACAACCACAGGAUUAUUCAUCGUGAUGUGAAGCCAUCGAACGUGCUGCUGGACUCAAAAGGAAACAUAAAGCUGUGUGAUUUUGGCGUGAGCAGAGAGUUAAUUAAUUCCAUGGCCGACACAUUCGUGGGUACCUCUACAUACAUGUCACCAGAGCGUAUUCAAGGAGGUGUCUACAACAUCAAGGGAGACGUGUGGUCUCUGGGUCUGAUGUUAUACGAGCUGGCCUCAGGAAAGUUUGCUUUUGGUGGUGCCCCUGGCGGAGCGGCCCCGGGAGUCUCUGGCCUCAAAGGGGAUCCCCAGAUUAAGACUCCGGACUCGAUCCUGGAUCUGCUGCAGCGCAUUGUCAACGAAAGACCGCCUUCUCUCAAAGAAAGUGAUGGCUACACUCCCGAACUCUGUGAGUUUGUUGAACUGUGUUUGAGAAAGGAGAAGGACAGGCCUGAUCCACACGAGCUGCUCAAACACAAAUUUCUAGCCGACUUCCCCGAGCCACAUAGCCUGAAGGUGUCUGCCAAGUAUCGCUCGGACAUCAAGAAGUGGGCCAAGAACGUCAGACGCGUCCAAAAAGGCAAACCUACCAAGUAA